GGCUGAGAUCGGUUCUGGUUGCCAUGGGUAGACAUCCCAGCCUUGUCCAACAGGAACAACCUCUUGUGGGGAAACUUUCCUUUCUGCGCUUCAGUUCCUCGUUGAACUUGCAAGAGCUGUCUGCUGCAUGCCUUGAAGAAAGAGAAGAAGAAGAAGAAGAAGAAGAAGAAGAAGAAGAAGAAGAAGACUGGACCAAAGGUUCAUUGCAUCCAGCAUUCUGGCUUUAA